AUGAGCCUCUCCAUGAGAGAUCCGGUUAUCCCUGGGACAAGCAUGGCCUAUCAUCCGUUCCUACCUCAUCGGGCGCCGGACUUCGCCAUGAGCGCGGUGCUGGGCCACCAGCCGCCUUUCUUCCCCGCGCUAACGCUGCCUCCCAACGGCGCCGCGGCGCUCUCCCUGCCGGGAGCCCUGGCCAAGCCCAUCAUGGAUCAGUUGGUGGGGGCCGCUGAGACCGGCAUUCCAUUCUCAUCCCUGGGACCCCAGGCGCAUCUGAGGCCUCUGAAGACCAUAGAACCUGAAGAGGCCGUGGAAGAUGACCCCAAGGUGCACCUGGAGGCCAAGGAACUUUGGGACCAGUUUCACAAGCGGGGUACGGAGAUGGUCAUUACCAAGUCGGGAAGGAGAAUGUUCCCCCCAUUUAAAGUGAGGUGCUCUGGGCUGGAUAAAAAGGCCAAGUAUAUCCUAUUGAUGGACAUUAUAGCUGCUGAUGACUGUCGAUAUAAAUUUCACAAUUCUCGGUGGAUGGUGGCCGGUAAGGCAGACCCCGAAAUGCCAAAGAGAAUGUACAUACACCCAGACAGCCCUGCUACGGGGGAGCAGUGGAUGUCCAAAGUCGUCACUUUCCACAAACUGAAACUCACCAACAACAUAUCGGAUAAACACGGAUUUACUUUGGCCUUCCCAAGCGAUCACGCAACCUGGCAGGGGAAUUAUAGUUUUGGGACCCAGACCAUACUCAACUCUAUGCAUAAGUACCAGCCCCGGUUCCACAUCGUCAGAGCCAAUGAUAUUUUGAAACUGCCUUAUAGUACAUUUCGCACAUACCUGUUCCCGGAAACAGAAUUCAUUGCCGUGACUGCCUACCAAAAUGACAAGAUAACUCAGUUAAAAAUAGACAACAAUCCUUUUGCAAAAGGUUUUCGGGACACUGGAAAUGGCAGGAGAGAAAAAAGAAAGCAGCUCACCCUGCAAUCCAUGAGGGUAUUUGAUGAGAGACACAAGAAGGAGACUGGGACUUCAGACGAGUCCUCCAGUGAGCAGGCAGCCUUCAACUGCUUUGCCCAGGCCUCCUCUCCGGCUGUGUCUACUGUGGGGACAUCCAACCUCAAAGAUGCGUGUCCCAGCGAAGCCGAAAGUGACGCCGAGGCCGAAAGCAAGGAGGAGCACGGCACCGAGGCCUGCGACGCUGCUAAGAUUUCCACCACCACCGCGGAGGAGCCAGGCCGAGACAAGGGCAGCCCGGCCACCAGGGCGCAACUGUUCCCCGCGGAACCCGGCCGGGCCAGAGACACCGCGCGGCUGGACAAGGCAUCGCCAGAUUCGCGCCACAGCCCGGCCACCAUCUCAUCCAGCACGCGCGUCCCGGGAGCCGAGGAGCGCAGGAGCCCCGGACGCGAAGGUCCAGGCGCUGCCAAGGUGGAUGAGGCGCGCCCACUGCCCACCAAGGACGCCUUCGCGCCACUGUCAGUGCAGACCGACGCCGCCGCGCACCUGGCGCAGGGGCCCCUUCCAGGCUUGGGUUUUGCCCCAGGCCUAGCCGGCCAGCAGUUCUUCAACGGGCACCCCCUCUUCUUGCACCCCAGCCAGUUCGCCAUGGGCGGCGCCUUCUCCAGCAUGGCUGCGGGCAUGGGGCCCCUGCUGGCCACAGUUUCCGGGGCAUCCCCCGGCCUCCCGGGCCUGGAUUCCACAGCCAUGGCCUCCGCUGCCGCAGCGCAGGGACUGUCCGGGGCUUCGGCUGCCACCCUGCCCUUCCAUCUUCAACAACAUGUUCUGGCCUCCCAGGGCUUGGCCAUGUCGCCUUUUGGGAGCCUCUUUCCUUACCCCUACACAUACAUGGCAGCUGCAGCUGCGGCUUCCUCAGCGGCCGCCUCCAGUUCCGUGCACCGCCAUCCGUUCCUCAACUUGAACAGCAUGCGCCCCAGGCUGCGUUACAGUCCAUAUUCCAUCCCGGUUCCAGUACCUGAUAGCAGCAGCCUGCUGGCCACUGCGUUGCCAUCUAUGGCUUCCGCCGCAGGGCCCCUAGACGCCAAGGCAGCCGCCCUGGCGGCCAGCCCGGCCUCGGUGGCUGUGGACUCGGGGUCGGAACUGAACAGCCGCUCCUCCACGCUGUCCUCCAGCUCAGUGUCCUUGUCACCCAAACUCUGCUCAGAGAAGGAGGCAGCUACCAGUGAACUGCAGAGCAUCCAGCGGCUGGUCAGUGGCUUGGAAGCCAAGCCGGACAGGUCCUGCAGCGGGUCCCCUUAA